AUGGAUUUCGAAUUCCAUCCUGGCGUAAACGGCUCAAGUCCCUGGGUUGAAUUCUACCCUUACAAUCCCUCCAAAACAGCCGGCUACGCUUUCGUAGCGAUCUUCGGUAUCUCGACCGUUAUACAUCUCGUCCUCAUGUUUCCCUAUCGGGCCGCCUAUUUCAUCCCGUUACUCCUUGGCGGAGUCUGCGAAACAUUCAGCUACUACGGCCGCGCCUGGUCACACAAUAACCGGACCCUAAUAUCCUCCUGGGCUCUCCAGCAAAUGCUUAUCAUGUGUGCCCCUCCACUCGUCGCCGCAACCAUUUACAUGAUCUUGGGACGAAUCAUCCGCGCUUGCAACGCAGAGCACCACUCCAGCAUCCGCACGAAAUGGCUCACGUUCAUCUUCGUGACAAACGACGUGCUUUGUUUCCUAACGCAGAUCUUUGGUGCCGGGGUCCAGGUCACAGGCGACCAACACAUAAUGGCCAUCGGUGUGAAAGUGGUGUUGGUGGGUUUGAUCUUCGCGCUGGUCGUCUUCGCCGUGUUUAUCUGGGUGGCGUUUAAAUUCCACCAGCGGCUGAAGCGCGAUCCCACGCCUGUUGCAUAUCAGAAUGGCGGACUACACUGGGAACGGUAUAUGUGGGCGAUCUACGUCUCGUGUGUGGCGCUGAUGAUCAGGAACUUGGUACGAACAAUUGAGUUUGGGGCGUCGGAUUCGGAUCUGGGGAAGAAGGAGGUAUAUAUUUAUAUUUUUGACGCGGUGAUGAUGUUCAUUUCGAUAGCUGUGUUGAUUAUCUGGCAUCCGGGGCUGCUCAUUAAGAGGUUGAGGGCGAUGAAUAAGGCGAAUGAGAUGUACGGGCCGUUGGCUGGGGAGACGCAAUCGGCAGAUGUGCCGUUGACGGGGUUUCAGGCGCAGAGAGAUUGA